GCAAAAAGUCAGACACGACUGAGAGACUGAAGUGAACUGAGCUGAAUUGAAGUGUCAGAACAUCACUGUGGCUGUAUUUGCAGCUUCUGUGUAACCCCAAUGACUUGCUUUGAAAUUGAACAGGACUAAUAAUAAGGGUACAUAAUUUAGACCAGCUUCAGGAAUGUUGAGUCCAAGAGGAUUCCGUUUCUGAUUCACAGACUCUAUCCUAUAGAAAGUGGGUCAGAAUGGAAUCUUAGGAGAAGAAUGUUUCCUCCCACCACGAGGCUCUUGGGGAAACUAAAAAAGGGUGUUAGUAAGUUACUCUGAAGUGCCUGCUCCUUCUUAUGCCUUGGGAAGACAGAUCUUCAUGUCAUCAUUCAACAGAAAACAAGAUUUUGGUGAAGCAGUCGCCCAUGCUUGUGGUAAACGACAAUGAGGUCAACCUCAGCUGCAAGUACACGUACAACCUCUUCUCAAAGGAGUUCCGGGCAUCCCUUUAUAAGGGAGCAGAUAGUGCUGUGGAGGUCUGUGCUGUGAAUGGAAACCACUCCCAUCCACUUCAGUCAACAAAUAAGGAAUUCAACUGCACCGUGAAAGUAGGCAAUGAAACAGUGACUUUCUACCUCCAGGAUCUGUAUGUCAACCAAACAGAUAUUUAUUUCUGCAAACUUGAGGUUCUUUAUCCUCCUCCUUACAUAGACAAUGAGAAGAGUAAUGGGACCAUUAUCCAUGUGAAAGAGAAACAUCUUUGUCCAUCUCCCCGGUCUCCGGAGUCUUCUAAGCCAUUUUGGGCCUUGGUGGUGGUAAACGGAGUCCUAGUUUUCUAUAGCUUGUUAGUAACAGUGGCUCUUUCUAACUGCUGGAUGAAGAAUAAGAGAAACAGGAUGCUUCAGAGCGACUAUAUGAACAUGACCCCCCGCAGGCCAGGGCCCACCCGGAGGCACUACCAGCCCUAUGCUCCAGCACGGGACUUUGCAGCCUACCGCUCCUGACACGGACGCCUAUCCAGAUGCAAGCCGGCUGGCCCCUCUUCACCUGCUCAACACCACUGCUCUGGAUAGGAAAGGCCUGCCUUGUCUUCAGCCAGCCACCUUGGCCUCCUGUUAGGCCACUGAUGCCAAAUUUUCUUGAAUGACUAGACCGAAGAACGUCAUUUUGAGACUUGGAGAUGAAGUGAAGGAAUACUACUGUGGCAGACUCUAUCUCCUAGUGCCACAGUCCAAAUUCAAACUCACUGUGUAUUUAUUGACUGGAUUGAGAGGUUAGGGUAGAAAACCAAAAGUGAGUGCAUUCUGUUAAGCCUAGAAAUCUGCCUCCAGUUCCACUCCUUUCUAACUCACCCACACGUUGUGGUCAAGCGAAGGGUGAUAUCGAAAGACUUUUUAGAUGGAGAAGAAGUUAGGAAAUCACUCCCUUUGAAGAAAUGGGGAUUUAAGGUGGGGAUAGGUUAGAAAUGGGGAAGGAGUGGUGAGGCGUAAACAUUUUUGAAACCAUUAAAACACUGUCUCUCACUCAUGAAAUGAGCCACUUAGUUCCUAUUUAAUACUGUUUUAGUUUGUAAAGAUGUAGAUACUCUUUUUGAAUUCUGGUCCUAUUUGGUCAUUUUGACCAAGAGAUUCUCUUUAGAGUCAUGGGAGGCAAACCAACUUGCUUUUCUUUACUUUCUAUGAUGGGAACUCAAUGUAGUCUUCACAAUAUGAUUUUGAAAGAAUAAAGUAGUCCUCCCACACCAAGGAAGAAUGUGUCAGGAAAUAAGGUCACUUUAGGUCAAAAAUUAUUUGAAUACGAUGAAGGGCUAUUUAUUUGGCAGCUCAUUUCAGUCCAAUCAUACAGGGGCCUCUUCUGUUUCAUGUAUUUUAGAUCUGCACAGUUGGUUUCUUUAUUGUCUGCAUGGAAAUCUAAAGUGGGAUGCAGAGGGUGCAUCCGGAGGGAGAAGUAAAGACGCUGUGAAAGAAGGAUGUUAGCAUCCAUUAGAACAGGAGGGAUGAGUCCUGAGAAACUUCUGAAGGAGGCAGAACAGAAGAGAAUGACACAAUUCUUGCCAUGUGCUGAGGGGAUGGCCAGCAUUUGGUAGGAGUUUUCCAGAAACAGCAGGCAGAAGGAGCCAUGAUGAGAGCUCCUUUCUGGGACUUUUGGGCUUUAGGGCUCAGAGCUCCAGAAAUCUGUGGUUUGGCUGCCUGUUUACCCUGGAGAUCCUUCAACAUGGAAAAAUAUUUGAUGCUUUUGAGAUAGCAUCAAAGUUCUCAAGACACUCUACAAGGCCAGACUCUGGACACACUAUGGAUAUUUUUCUGGUUCCAGUUUGGGUCCAACUGGAGUAUGUCUGGGGACCUUGAAGAACAGCUUUCCUGUUUCCAUUAUAAUUUGUUCAGUGCUGUGAUUCAUUCAGAUGUUGGAGAAGUCUAGGUUUUAGAGGCAGGUAGACCUGGUUCAUGGAGAAGGCAGUGGCAACCCACUCCAGUACUCUUGCCUGGAAAAUCCCAUGGAUGGAGGAACCUGGUAGACUGAAGACCAUGGGGUCGCACAGAGUCGAACACGACUGAAGCAACUUAAUAGCAGCAGCAGACCUGGUCCAAGUUCUAUUGCUAGUUGGCCUCAGGAGAGUCCCUGCCUUUCUAAAACUCUGAUUCUCCAACUAUAAAAUGAAGAUAAUGAUCAAAAAAGUUUAUUUCAAUACUAUCAUUUCCAUGAGGGCAUGUCCCAAGUUUGUCUUUUUUUCCCUGCUUGUCCCUGAUACGUAGUACCAUGCCUGACAUAUGUUAGCUAUUAUUAUUGUUAUAUAGAUAACCUAUGUAUCAAAAUUAAACUGGACAAUGAUCUGAGAAAGAAGAGACUGUUAUAACACAAAUUUAAACCCACUACCCAGGGAUGAGGUGCUACAAAAUUUGAGAGCCUCCAAACUCCCUCACAUUCCCUGUUUCAAAAUACUUUAGCUUGUAAUAAAAAUGCACAGCGUUCUGCCUCCCACUUUUAUGUAUAUAAAGAGGUCUCCUCUAACUUUUUUUGGUAACAUGUGGAAGAAUAGAAAUCUUAUAAUUCCAGACAGAGGAUAUUGUACUUCAGUUGAUUUUUAAAAUGGGUUUCUAUCCCAUAAGUUUAAUUAUUUCAAAGAAGGUCAAACCUAGUGGUACUUGGGUGAUGAAGAAUUGCUGAAUUUAUGUGACACACGUGACACAUUGCCAGGCUCUUGGCAUACACAGUUCCUUAAUCCAAGUUACCAGAUUGAAUUAGAUAAGGACAGAGCUAGAGAAUUUUUAGAAAGGGUAAUGACAAAAAAUAAAUUAAAAAAUGGAAAGAUU